AUGCCCGCUCUACCCAGUGUUGACAGUGCGCUGGGCGCUAUUGGAAACACACCAUGUGUCCAGCUGACCCGCAUUGUUCCGCCAGGUUGUGCUCGUGUGUUUUUAAAGCUGGAGAGCCUGAACCCUACGGGAUCAUACAAAGAUCGCAUGGCCCUCUCUGUUGUGGAGGAGGCUGAGCGCCGCAAUGAGCUCCGCCGCGGAAUGACGGUAGUUGAAGCCACAGGCGGUAGCACCGGCUCUUCCUUCGCCUUCGUCUGCGCACUUAAGGGAUAUAACUUUCGCGUUGUAUCCUCUGAUGCCUUCGCGGUCGAGAAGCUCAAUACCAUGACGGCAUUUGGGGCGCAGCUGGAUGUUGUUCCGAGUGCAAAUGGGAAGAUCACACCACAGCUGAUCCCUGCCAUGCGUGAGCGCGCACGGCAGAUAUCUUCUCAGGGCAGCGAUUAUUACUAUGCCGACCAGUUCAGCAAUCCUGAUGUCUUACCUGGCUAUGCGACGCUUGGGCGCGAGGUGCUGGAACAAAUUCCUAGUAGAAUUGACGCCUUCUGUGGAGCUAUCGGAGGGGCAGGAAUGGUGAUGGGAGUUGCCAGAACGCUUAAAGAAAAAUGGCCUGCUUGCCAUGUAGCUGUGCUAGAGCCUGCCUCUGCUCCGACUCUGACAAAGGGCUAUGGUGGUGAACACUCGGUCGAGGGAAUUGGUAUCGGAUUCCCCCCUCCUCUACUGAACAAACUCUGGUAUGAUGAAGCACGGGCGAUUGAAGAAGGAGAAGGCCGUGUUAUGUGUCGACGCUUGGCGAAGGAGGAGGGUCUUCUUGUUGGUACCUCUUCAGGUCUCAAUGUUGUUGCGGCACUACAAUUGGCCAAGGAGCUAGGUCCUGGGAAAACGGUUGUUACUGUGGGUUGUGAUACAGGUCUCAAGUAUGUGCGAGGAAAUUUGUACACAGAGAGCUGA